GAGACCAUGUCUGAUGCAGAAGAGGUGGUGGAGGAGUUCGAGGAGGAACAGGAAGAGCAAGAGGAGGCGGUGGAGGAGGAGGAGGAUGGUGGGGAUGAGCCUGAGCCUGAGGGUGAGGCUGAGACAGAGGAGACCAAAGCAGAAGAGGCUGGUCCAGAUGAAGAAGCCAAAGAUGCUGAUGAUGGUCCAGUAGAGGAGUCCAAACCUAAGCCCAGCAGGCUCUUCAUGCCCAACUUGGUGCCACCCAAGAUCCCCGAUGGAGAGAGAGUGGACUUUGAUGACAUCCACAGGAAGCGCCUGGAGAAGGACCUGAACGAGCUUCAGACGCUGAUCGAGGCUCAUUUUGAGAACAGGAAGAAGGAGGAAGAGGAGCUAAUUUCUCUCAAAGACAGGAUUGAAAAGCGGCGGGCAGAGAGGGCCGAGCAGCAGCGAAUCCGCAAUGAGCAGGAGAAGGAACGGCAGAACCGCCUGGCUGAAGAGAGGGCCCGGCGCGAGGAGGAAGAGAACAGGAGGAAGGCGGAGGAUGAGGCCCGGAAGAAGAAGGCUCUGUCCAACAUGAUGCAUUUUGGAGGAUACAUCCAGAAGCAAGCUCAGACAGAACGGAAGAGUGGUAAGAGACAGACCGAGCGAGAGAAGAAGAAGAAGAUUCUGGCAGAGAGGAGGAAGGCACUGGCCAUCGACCAUCUGAAUGAGGACCAGCUGAGAGAGAAGGCCAAGGAGCUGUGGCAGAGCAUCCACAACCUGGAGGCCGAGAAGUUUGAUCUGCAGGAAAAAUUCAAGCAGCAGAAAUAUGAGAUCAAUGUUCUGAGAAACAGGAUCAACGACAACCAGAAAGUCUCCAAAACUCGCGGGAAGGCCAAAGUCACCGGCCGUUGGAAGUAGAGAAAGAACUGUUCCUGUCAAAGCUCUGCCCCUUGCCUGUGUCCCUGCCCUGUGCAUCCCAGCUCUGGAUCCUCCUGGGGACCCAGUGCAGACUCCUGUCUGGAAAGUGGGAGCUGGCCUUAGCUAGA